AACUUUAUUUGUUGCCUUGGCUUAUUCGGCUCUAAAUAAGGAGUGGGAAGCAAUUAUUUUAUAUGAUCGUGCUAGAGAAUACAAUGCUCAAGCUAGAGCUUCAUUGUCUCAAUUAAUACUGGACAAAGAUGAUAUACUAAUUGUAACUAUUAAAGAAGUUACUGAGAUGGAUAAUAUUUUACGAGGUAAAAAAUGCAAGGCUCGAGCUUCUUUGCAUAUACUACAUGAUGGAUUAGAUGAUUCUAAUCUGACCAAGAAAAUGGGUGAAAUGAGUUUUGAUGGCAAAUCCAAAGUGGACUCAAAUAUCGAUAAUAAUGAGAUACCUUUAAGCGAGCGCCUUAAUCAAUAUCCAUCUAAUUUAUCAAUGAAUAAUGCGCGGUUGAUUAAUUUUCCACCUGAAUUUACUCCUAUUCCCGCAAAACCGCUGUUCUUUGACAUUGCCUUUAAUUAUGUUGAUUUUCCUCUUACUUUAUCUCAGCGUGCUGGUCGAAAAGCACAAACCAGUUUCUUGGAAUCAUUCUUAAAUGUGCUAAAAAGUGAUAAAAA